AGCGAUCAGCGAAAGUGGCUGUAUUUGGGCGGCACUCUCAUGUCGUUCAUGUCUCUGCUCCUCAUGAUGUCAAUCAUCAAUCUGUUCAUUGGAUCCAAACUCUUGUAUCAGAUCCACUUGUAUUUGGCAUUCUUCGUGGUCUGCGGUUUCAUAAUGUUUGACACGAACCUAAUCAUUGAGAAGAGACGCCGCGGAGACACUGAUUAUAUCUCACAUUCGGUGCUAUUGUUCUUGGAUUUCAUCGACAUUUUCCGAUAUCUUCUCAUUAUUUUGACGCAAAAGGUUUGA